AUGGAACCAGGCAAAGAAGUAUCUGUUUUCCAUCCAAAGGUGCUCCUUUUGUCUGCUGGAGCCACCGCAACCAUCUUUCUUUCAUUCAAAUUCUAUGCCCGCUACAUUCGACGCGUACGAAGCUACCUUGAUUUCAGCCAUGAUAUGCUUGAUGGUCAGCGCCGAUUGUAUGGAAAAGUGACCAGAGUUGGUGAUGGUGAUAACUUUAGGUUCUUUCAUACACCUGGUGGUGUUUUUACAGGCUGGGGUUGGCUACGAGAGAUCCCCACCAAGCCUCUGGAGUUGAAGGAUGAGACAUUGAUGAUUCGUCUCUGUGGAGUAGAUGCUCCAGAGAAUGCCCAUUUUGGCAAACCAGCACAGCCAUACUCCAAGGAGGCUCUUGCGUGGCUUAAGGGGUACUUGCUUGACCGCUAUGUGACCAUCACGCCCUACUCCAUUGACCAAUACAAGCGUGUUGUUGCACGGGCCCAAGUAUGGAAACUCACAGGGAAGAAAGAUGUCAGUGCCGAAAUGCUUCGUCAUGGGCUAGGCUUGGUGUAUGAAGGCAAGUAUGGAGCAGAAUUUGGCGACAACGAAUCGUGGUAUAGAAAACUAGAGGCCAAAGCCAAAAGAAAGAAGAAAGGGUUGUGGUCUUUGGGUAAGAAGCUUGUAACUCCUGGCGAGUUCAAAAGAAGCUAA